CUCGAUCUUGCCUCUCUGUGUCUUCAUGAUACCACUACUUCAUCCAGCAUUUGGUGCGGGCGGGGUUUUAUAAUCUUGGAUUUUUAAAUGCCAGAGCUCUUGUCAAAUCAGUUUAGACAUGAACGCGCUGAUAGAAUGACUGGCGUUUUCCUAACCGGACGAUAACCGCGGCUGUGUCUAUCACUUUCUCUGAAGAAACACACUCAACUCUUUCUGGAAGCGAGUUGCAUGCCAUAUUUUGCUCUAAUGUUCACUGUAAUUUACAUCUGUGACGCGUGGCACGCGUUCUAGUCUAGGACCUUCCAAGAGCUGCAUGGACUCCAGGGACGCGUUGCAAUGAAUUCAGAAUAUCCUCCUUUGCCUCGCCCAAGAGCAGUGGAGGAUUCUAUAAGAACUCUGUCUCUUCAAAACACGGUGACUCCAGUCACAUCACUGCCCUCGUCAGGGUCGGAGGAAUCCCUUUCCGCGGCUGUCGGUGGUAGCAACCACGACCGAGAACAUCGCACUCCUUUUCAGCCGGUUACAAGGGCCAUUUCGAGCAAGGGGGAUGUGAUUAUCGAGUAUACAGAUCGGGAUUCCGAUUCUUCCAAAUCCCGUCCGGCUAGCUAUCACUGGCAGGUCGCCAGUGAUGACCUGGUACAGAAUAGUCCUUACUUUCGAGCCUUACUUGAUCCCAGCAAAUUCGCUGAAGGGCGGAAUUUGAUGAAACAAAGGGCUCUGCUGGGUUUGGAGCCAGAAUCUACCAACCAAACAAGCGACGAAAGAGCGGGUUCCCUUGACCAUGAGGAGCAAAAGCCAGAAGGAGAAAAAGAUGUACCACGAGAUUUACUAUUGCCAACGAUCAGUCUCCCGGUAGAUUGGUUUAAACGAAAAGUUGGAGCAGAGCUCAUUGAAUUAUUUCUCAAAAUAUUAUCAUUGAACUCGUUCGACGAUGAGGAAAAAAGGGGUCUCUAUGUCGAGUUAAAAUUCCAACCUCCAUACCUCAUCUCCAGGCUUGUCGAGAUAGCAGAUAUAUUCAAUUCACCGCACGUCGUUAGAGAGGCCCUAAAAAAAAGCGGUUAUUCUUAUGGAAAAGGAAAGAUCUCUCUAACUAGAUUCUCGCCUUAUUUACUGAAAAUCAGCGAGGACCGCAUUCGACAAAUGAUAUUUAUUGCAAUGUUCCUGGAGGAGCAGACCAUUUUUCAAGUGUUAACACACACAUUGGUUAUCAUCGGCUCGAGGUUUUGGAUUAAUGGAGUCGGGACUCCCAGCGUAGAGAGUCCACGCUGGAGGUACUUCCAGCAUGGCUUAGAAGAGGAAUUAUACUACAGGCGGCAAUAUGUUCUGAACACAAUAACAGACCUCCAAGCGUAUUUUCUUCGUGCCUACGGUGCUAUGGAAGAGGGUCCCGAAGACUUCAAACCUCCACCAGUUGCGGCAGUCCCCAUCCCAUUGAUACGCCAGCAACCUCGCCAGUUUCAAUGCCGAUGGGCCUUUGGAAAUUCCAGUGCCUGCGACGCUUUUCAUUUGGGCCAAAUCAUCCGCUUCUUUUCCCUCCGCACCAAGACAAUCUUCCUCGGAUCUACACUAAUAGAUCCGGAUUUCACCCCGGACCCCGAUUUAGAAACUGAUAGUGAUCCAGGUGAUGGAGAUGGACAGCAGGAAAGUGAAAAUAAGGAAAGAGACAAGGGGAAGGAUAUCUACCCCAAUAGUGUUGAUGUUUCGGGGUCUGUGGGCCCUUCAACGUCCGACAUAUCCUCCCUUAUUGCAUCUCUCAAGCAAUGUCCAGAUUAUCAGAUCGACUCUAACCAUAGCGGUUGUGGAGUACGCCGUCGUCUCCUACCUGCACUAGAUUGUAUUGAGCGCUUUGUAGGCGAUCCGAGAGGGCUGCUGGGCAUUAUUAUACGGCCAGGGUCAAACCCAAACGUGGAGAUAAGCCGAAGUUCUGAUCUGUCGUCGCUGCUGCCACCGACGAACUCGUGGUGGGCAUGGACAAAUAAGUCUCUCCGGAGAGCCGACUCGGUUGAUAUACGCUUCUCAAAAAUCGUCUCGAUACAUUUCGAUCCCAGUUCGAGUCGCGUGUCUCAACAGCGCACAUCGACAGCAGCGGAAUCAUUACGCUCGUCCCGCUCCCCAGAAGAAGACGCGCGGCUAUUCUUCACAGCUAGGAGACGGGACUGGGAAGCUUAGGUCCUACAUAUUUCUUAUCGGUCUUGAUCUGGAAUUUUAUUCUUUUCUUCACGGAGGUAAUGGUUAGGGUUGAUUUUUUUCUUUUCUCUUUUUGUUGCACAUCACAUAUGGGGCCACGGCUCAACCCAUCAUGUCAUCCUUGCCUCUUUAUAUUUACACUCUCAUAGAAUUUUGUUUUGCUGUUUCGCUGCCGUUUUUAGCCGCAUAUGACAUAGGCACAUAGAAGUCAUGUAUAAAUGACCAAAUAGACCAGUCUCGAAUACCGGCACCCGUACCAGUACACGCAUCCCACGGUUUUCC